AUGAGGGAUGAGCCGGCGUGGGCCCUGUUUGCGACGACGGUCGUAAGUCACGUACCGAUGAUUCCAACGGCGUUUUUGUUUUAUAAGCGUCGUUAUGUGUAUGAGGCAUGUGUUGCGGCCUUUGGUCUUACAUCGUCUCUUUUGUACCACACUUGCCAGUCAUUUGACGUGGAGAUAUUUCUUGACGAGCUUGGCUGGCACCGGCUAGACAACAUUGCUGUUCUUGCUGGAGUAGGCAUGUGGUUUGUGUUUCUCUGUACCUUUAAAGACCCCGUUGUGGAGCGCAGCGUCAAGUACUUCACACUUCUGGCGAGUAUCAUCAUUGAGGAGAAGGAUCCAUGGAAUGUUGCGUACACCGUAGUACCUAUUACUCUUUUUGCCUGCAUUCCUGUUGCAGUGUUCUUGUACACUAGGCAGGUUCCGGCGAUUGAGUAUCGCCAAUUUAUCAUUGCCGCUAUAUUUAUGUGCCUCGCCGUUCCGUUUUUUAUUGUCGGACUAAACGAUACGGAAGAUCCAUGCCGCAUAUAUCACGGCAUGUGGCAUCUUUUUGGAGGCAUCUCCUCCUACUUCAUGUGGCUUAUGGUGAAGACGCCCGGUGCAACAGGGCCUUACCCCAAAUUUGGAUCCAUCACUGUGCGCGGGGACACACUUCUUUGA